CGACGUCGGCCGCCUGUUUACGGCACCGCCUCUGUGUGAGCGGUGGUGGAGGAGCGAGAAGCUGCCAGCAUGGCGUUCACUCUCUACUGUCUCCUCCAGACCGCCAUCCUGUGCGUGAACGCGGUCGCCGUGUUACACGAGGAGAGGUUUCUCAGCAAGUUCGGGUUCGGGGUGGAGCAGGGCGUCGCGGGGUUCGGGGAUGACCCCGGGGUCAAAGCCCAGGUCCUCACCCUCAUCCGCUCGGUCCGGACUGUCAUGAGAGUGCCGUUGAUAAUAUUCAAUUCGGCCUGCAUCGUCCUGUUGUUACUGUUUGGUUGAAAGCGUCACACAAAGCGCUAAAAAUGAAGCCUGAGAACAAGACCAAGUGCCAAGGAACCAUCUCAAGCACACACACACGCACACACACACGGAUACACAGAGACCCUUGCCAGUGUUCGGCAGGGGGCGAGAUGUUCAUGGGGAUACGUGGAAAAAGAAAAAGUGAAACGUUAACCUGCAGAUGUUUUCAUCCAAAGAGAAGCACAAGGUGCUUGCAGCACAAAAAGGUUAUUUGUCCUUGUUAAUAUUAGUAUUUGAGAAGGAUGGAUUUGAUGAGAUGUUUUAUCGUACUGUUAACGAGAAACAUGUUUAUGGAGUGUUGUCAGCUGUAGUGCCCGGAUAAUAGGUCAAUAUUUAUUAUGUACGGUUCUAAUGCUAUACAUAUUAUAGCUGUUUUUAUUUUGUAAUUUGGAAAUUUUGUUUUUAAGAUGACUAAAUGGAAAACGGCAUUUUAACUAACCGGUGCAUUUACAGGAGUGUUUUUUCAUUAAUGUGCACUCUCCCUGCCAAAUAAUGCAAUAAAAAAUACAUUUGUAUUUUAA